AUGGGCUUUCAGCAGGCAGCGGUGAGGAAGGGAGUGUCAUUGAACAAAGGGGCAGGAGUUCUCUUGUUUGUCAGGUUCAACUCUAACCACGGGUUCCCAGUGGAGGUCGAUUCUGACACCAGCAUCUUCCAGCUCAAGGAGGUGGUUGCUAAGCGACAGGGGGUUCCGGCUGACCAGCUGUGUGUGAUUUUCGCAGGGAAGGAGCUUCGGAAUGACUUGACAGUACAGAGCUGUGAUCUGGACCAGCAGAGCAUCGUUCACAUUGUGCUGAGACCCCGGAGAAAAGGCCCAGAGGGGCACACACCUCGGGGGCGCUCUGACAGGGAGCCCCAGAGCCUGACUCGCGUGGACCUCAGCGGCUCGGUGCUGCCGGCCGACUCGGUGGGCCUGGCUGUUAUCCUGCAGGACGGCAAGGAGAGCGGCGCCUUGUCAGCCCCCGGGCCAGCAGGUAGACCCACCUACAACAGCUUUUAUGUCUACUGCAAAGGCCCGUGUCAAGGAGUGCAGCCGGGAAAGCUCAGGGCGCGGUGUACCACCUGCCAACAAGCAACGCUCACCUUGGCCCGGGGUCCUUCUUGUUGGGAAGAUGUCUUAAUCCCAAACCGAAUGAGUGGUGAAUGCCAGUCUCCAAACUGCCCCGGGACUAGAGCGGAAUUUUUCUUUAAAUGUGGAGCACACCCGACCUCUGACAAGGAGACGUCAGUAGCUUUGAACCUUAUCACAACAAAUAGUCGAGACAUCAGCUGCAUAACGUGUACGGACAUCAGGAGCCCCGUCCUGGUUUUCCAGUGCACCCACCGCCACGUGAUCUGCUUAGACUGUUUCCACCUGUACUGUGUGACCAGACUCAAUGACCGGCAGUUUGUCCACGACCCUCAGCUUGGCUACUCUCUGCCGUGUGUGGCUGGCUGUCCCAACUCCUUGAUUAAAGAGCUCCAUCACUUCAGGAUUCUUGGAGAAGAGCAGUACAACCGGUACCAGCAUUACGGGGCGGAAGAGUGCGUGCUGCAGCUGGGAGGCGUGCUCUGCCCCAGCCCGGGCUGCGGGGCGGGGCUGCUUCCAGAACCGGGCCAGCGGAAGGUCACCUGCGAACCGGGCCACGGCCUGGGGUGCGGGUUCGUCUUCUGCCGGGACUGUAAGGAACCGUACCACGAAGGUGACUGCGGCGCCGUGAUCGAAGCCUCAGGAGCAGUCAGUCAGGCCUACAAAGUCGAUGAGAAGGCGGCAGAGCAGGCCCGGUGGGAGGAAGCCUCCAAAGAGACAAUCAAGAAGACCACCAAGCCCUGUCCCCGCUGCCACGUGCCUGUAGAAAAAAACGGAGGAUGCAUGCAUAUGAAGUGCCCGCAGCCCCAGUGCCAGCUCCAGUGGUGCUGGAACUGCGGCUGCGAGUGGAACCGCGCCUGCAUGGGGGACCACUGGUUCGACAUGUAG